CGCAGGUCAGCUAGGAUUGAUGAAUUCGGAUCCGGAGAUGUUUGUCCGGAACCGUAGUUCCUCUGAGGAGAGAGGACAAGAAGAACCCAUUCUACAAACAGAAAACAUUCAACGGAUAACAAGGAAGAGAUGUUAUCAAACCCGUCAUCUGUUUGCAUUUAUGGGAUUCCUAGGGUUUGCCAAUGUUUACGCUAUGCGGGUCAACCUCUCAGUGGCAAUAGUAGCAAUGGUGAACAGUACCGCUCUAGGAAACGGUUCUUCAAUCAGUAAUAAUACUUGUCCUGCACCAUCUACCCCCUCCUCUCAUACUACUGACGGUCCAUUUAAUUGGAACGAAAGGGACCAGGGUUUAAUCCUUGGUGCGUUUUUCUACGGUUACGUAGUGACCCAGUUGCCUGGAGGCCGGUUAGCUGAGAUCUGGGGUGGCAAGUGGCUCUACGGGAUAGGUAUCCUGGUGACCGCUAUAUUUACAAUGCUGACCCCUCUAGCUGCUAAAACUAGUGUCUCUCUACUUACUGCUGUUAGGGUUCUAGAGGGUCUAGGGGAGGGAGUCACAUAUCCAGCUAUGCACGCUAUGUUAUCUAAAUGGACUCCUCCGAAUGAGCGAAGUAAGAUGGGUAGCCGGGUCUACUCAGGUUCUCAGUUCGGGACAGUUAUUGCUCUCCCACUUUCAGGAUAUCUUGCUGAUGAGUUUGGUUGGGAGUCAGUAUUCUACGUGUUCGGUGUAUUGAGUUUAAUCUGGUUUCUAGCCUGGGCUUUCCUAAUAUCCGACUCUCCAGAUACACAUCCAACUAUAUCCAGAGAGGAGAGAGAUUAUAUUAAAAGAUCUAUUGGUUCUGCCCGCAGUUCCGUCACAUUAUCUGUCCCCUGGAAAUCUAUUCUGACCUCUGUACCUGUCUGGGCCCUUGUGGUGACCCAUAUGGCGCAGAAUUGGGGAUUCUACACUCUACUCACAGAACUACCAACAUACAUGAAGAACAUUCUGCAUUUUGAUAUCAAGGCGAACGCGUUUAUAUCUGCCCUACCAUACUUACUGAUGUGGCUGUUUGCCUUGUUCAUUAGUUUUCUUACAGAUUUUACAAUAGACCACAACCUGUUGAGCCGUAACUCUGCCCGGAAAGUGUUCAACUCUGUUGCGUUUAUGCUGCCCGGCCUGUUCCUGAUCCUAGCAGGGUACUCAGGCUGUAAUGUAAACACCACCAUCGUCUUCCUUACCUUGGCAGGAGGGAUCAACGGAGCUCAUUAUUCAGGGUUUAUGAGCACACAUCUUGACAUGUCUCCCAACUUUGCUGGAACCCUGCUCGGGAUAACCAACGGCUUCGCCAACAUCAUGGGGUUCUUAGCCCCCGCCUUCACGGGAUACAUCAUCAACGGUCACCAGGACUUGAGUCACUGGCAGUUGGUCUUCUUCGUAGCGGCUCUGGUGUAUUUUGCUGGGAACGUUGUGUUUGUUGUUCUGGGGAGUACGAAGGAACAGCCCUGGAACCAUAAUCCAAGUAAUCCUGGAGAUAGGAACCAGGCAGAUUAUGAACCUAUCUCUACAUCAGAUAUGGAGUCGGACUAAGCUGAGGCACCGGGCUCAAAUUUAUAAUUUGGAGCAUUAUCAAAAAAUUGAACGUAAAUUUAGCAUAAUCUUGAUUUUAUAAAUCCGUCCGUUCAAGUUUUCAAAUUCCAAUAUGUUGUUGGAUAUGAUGGCUAGCUUUACAUGAAAUUUAUUAAUUGGUUUGUUAUUGUUAUUCCUGAUUUUCUUAUAGUGGUAAUUGUAUCUACAUAUUGAGAAAUUUAUAAUAUUCAUUAGUUUUAAGCUUGAAAAUUUAAUUCUUUUUAUAUAGAUAAUUCAUUUUGAGCUUAAAACCACACAAAUGUUGAUGAUAAAAGAUAAACUUUAUUAUUUUUAUAAGAUUUUAUAAUUGGUAUAUUUUUAUAUACAUAUUGUAAGUUUAAUUGUAAUUUUGAGAGCUAUUAAUCUAGAUUAAGAACAGUUUGUUCCCAGUGGCAUUUUUACUUUUGCAUUUUAUAGAUCUGAAUUUUCAAUAGAGUAUUUAUUUAUUGACAAUAACUUGUUAUUUACACAUAAUAAGAUUAAAUUUACAGUUCUCUUGAGUUUAGAUUUAAUGCCAUUGCUUUCAAAUUUAAGUUCAGUUAAUUUUGGAAUUGAGUUUAAGCUUAGAGGUGCUAAUUCUGGCCAGACUGGUACGUUUUUAGUCUAAAUAUCGUAUAUUGUUUGAUUCAUAAUGUUUAUUUUCAGA